AUGAAAUUUAUCGACAUCGUUUUAGACAUGAAAGAUGCAUCUUCGAGCGGAAGUGCUGACGACGGAGCGAUACUUGCAGAUGGAAAGAAAUUGGACGAUUUGCGAAAUGCGCUGGAAAGCGGAAAAGACCAGCAGCAAAUUGAUGCGAUGAAAAAAGUCAUCGGCUACAUUGCAAAAGGCCGAAAUGCGUCUGCCCUCUUUCCCAAUAUCGUCAAACUUGUCGCCUCCUCUCAGCCCGAACUCAAGAAGCUCGUCUAUGUCUACCUCGAGCGCUAUGCUGAGGAGCAGCAAGAUCUUGCUCUUCUCAGUAUUUCGACUUUUCAGCGAGGUCUCAAGGAUCACAAUCAGUUGAUUCGAGGCUGUGCCCUCCGAGUUAUGUCAUCGAUUCGACUUCCCAUCAUUUCCCCCAUCCUUCUCCAGGGAAUAUCCGAAGCAUCAACGGACAUGUCUCCUUACGUUCGAAAAACCGCGGCUCAUGCGAUCCCCAAGCUCGCCUCAAUCGAUCCAGCGACGCGGGAGCAACUGAUCGAAAUCAUCUCACGAUUACUUGGUGAUCGGGCGCCCUUGGUGGCCGGAUCUGCUGUGCUAGCUUAUCUCAGAGUGUGCCCAGAUAGGGUCGAUCUCUUGCACAAGAAUUACCGCAAACUCUGCCAAAUGCUCAUCGAUGUUGACGAAUGGGGUCAACUCAGGUUUCUCGAAGUACUCACUCGUUACGCGCGAACUCAGUUCACUGCGCCUAAAGCGGGCAAACUUGACUUCGACCAUCAACUUCUUUUAACAGCCUGUCAGCCGUUGCUUCUGAGCAGAAACGCAGCGGUCGUUCUCAAAGUCGUCGCAACUUGCCAAGAGCUCGGAACUGACGAAGACAUUGCAAAGACCAUCGGCCCUCUGAUGAAUCUUGCGAGCGGUGAUCGCCGAGAGACAAAGUUUCUAGCGCUUGAAGUCGUCUAUCGACUGGCUUGUAGCUCUCCUCAUCUGGUUUCUCCGUAUCUCAAGAACUUUACGAUCUUCUGGGCAGAGUCGGAGCAGAUCGCGCUUUUGAAAAUAAAGAUCCUCACAAAACUCGCCGUUGGCUCCCCAGGCACCGCUCAUCAAGUCAAUCGCGAGCUGGAGACGAUCUCAUUUUGGGACAAAGAAAAACUUGCGACAGAAGCAGUCCGCUCGUUGGGCGAGAUCGCUACCGUGCCUGAGUUAACUCAGACCACGCUCGUCAAGCUGAUGACCUUAAUCAACGACAAGAGAGAAGUCGUCUCUGGGGAGGCCGUUGUGUCCAUCCAAAAGUUAAUUCAAAUCAACCCGGAGCGAAACGAGCCCGUCAUCAAAAAACUCGCCCGUCUUUAUAUAAGAGAAACUGUUGGAACCAGCAACGCCAAGUGUUCUAUCCUCUGGCUCGUUGGUGAAUACGCUCAUUUCAUCUCAAAGGUCGCUCCAGAUGUUCUCCGCGUCGCCGCCAAAGCUUUCAUCAAGGAAGUCGACGAGGUCAAAAUGCACACGCUUACACUCGCUGCCAAGAUGAGCGUCCAAAGUGAAAUCCCAGAGCAAGUUGCGCUCGCCACGACUUAUGUUUUCAACUUGGCCAGGUACGAUCAGUCCUACGACUUGCGAGAUAGAGCGCGCUUCCUCAAGAAUCUCAUCUUUGGCGAAUUGGAGUUGUCCAAAUUUUCGAAGGCGAUUUUGACAGCUCCAAAGCCUGUUCCGACUAAAGUGGAGGUCGACGAGCGAUUCCGUUGUGGAACACUCUCUAGCAGCCUGGGAAUCGAAGCGCGAAUGUACUCAGCGUUACCAGACUUCGCUCUUGAAGCGUCACCCUCAUCACUUCGAGAGCUUCCGAAGCCAAUCAAGAAGGCCCCUGCCAAAACAACAGUUGCGAGAAAAGCGAGCAAAUCAGUGAGCUCGAGUGAGUCUGAGAGCGAAUCCGAAAGCGAGUCUGAAUCCGAAGAUUGUACGUCUGGACCAGAUGCUGAGAGCCAAUCUGAAAGUGAAUCAGAGUCCGAAAGCGAAUCGGAAUCAUCUGAAGGCGAACCAGAGUUGUCAGAAGAAUCGGCGUUGGUAAAAACUGCGAUCACGAAUGCUGCAGAGGCUGUAGCUGCCGAGCGAGCUCCUUCCGAGUCCGGAGAUCAUGCUGUUGCAAUCAUUGAAGACUCAUCAGACCCAGAAGCGCCGCCUAUCGCUGAAAUUAUCAUUAAUCCGGACAGACAAGCAUCGAAUGAUUCCUCGCCCGAACCCAAGUCCACUGUAUCGUCGUAG